AUGGUUACUGGCCGCGAGUCUGGACCGGAGUGGAUAGUGGACAUGAGUCGCGAUAUUGCGGGCGGUGCCGUAUUUCAGAUUGCACGGCCUGUUCGUGAGCAGAAUUCCACUUCGGAUCCCACGUGGACGGAUCGCGUUGUGGGAAUCUAUUGUGAAAAGAGACAGGGCUGCUUCAAAUGCCAUGUCUUCGGGUCUAGCCUAUUUCUUCUUCUCCAUGCCGGUAUUCCGUGCAGGUGGUUGAUGGCCCUGUCAGGCUGUCAUCGGUCAAGCCAGUGUUCGCUCAUAACUAGUAAAAGCGAUGUCCUAGUGACGAUCACAUUUCUUUUGUACAUCCCUUUGAUUAUCUUGCCGCACAACAAGUUGCUUGGCUAUUGCCGAGUUGCUCAGAUAGAUUACAGACGGCCGUUCUGGCGAAUGGCAUUGACGCAUAGAUUUUUGUUUGCAUUCUUCCGAAACAAAACGUCCUGUUGUUUGUCUCUCGAGAUUCAAUCUAGGCCAUCACAUAAGCCUACUAAUUUGUACAUAUUGUCAUUUGCAACCAUGACAUAUUGA